GACGGACGAUUCUUCUCACACAACUCAUAAAAAUACACUUGACUACCACUGUUUCUGGGGAAUAACCUUCAGAAAUGGCGUAUACGUGAGUGUGGAGAGAUGAGGGGGCUGGUUAAGCUGGCUGCCCGCGCUGUGAGCUUUAUUCCCUGCAGGCAGUGCGGUGGAGGAAGACCACCCGCUCCAUUAGGAGGAAGAGUCCUGUCCAACCCUGAUGACGUCUUUAAGCAUAACAUGUGGGAUCAUGUGCAGUGGACUGAAGAGGAGAGAGAGAAAGCCCGACAGAACGCAGAAGAAAACUCUGAAGAGAAGAUUCCUGUCGGAGAGCAGUCCAAAUAUGACAGAGAAGCUCAUAAAUAUUGGGACCAGUUUUAUGAGAUGCACCAGAACAAGUUCUUCAGGAACCGCAAUUGGCUCUUCACUGAAUUCCCGGAGCUUCUCCCUCCAGAUGCUGGCAAGAUGUUUAUGGGGAAGCAAGAGCAAGAUGGUGGCCUGGACUCAGAGUCAGUGAAUGGAGAAAAGAGCGAUUAUAUGGACACAUACCCUGGACAUCAUGCUGCUUUUAGGAUACUAGAGGUGGGCUGUGGUGCAGGUAACAGCGUGUUUCCCAUCAUCAACACCAUCAGAGGCAGCAAGGCGUUUCUGUACUGCUGUGACUUCUCAUCUCGAGCGAUUGAGCUCAUCCAGGAGCAUCCAGAAUAUGACCCUGCAGUGUGUCACGCAUUCAUACGGGACAUUUGUGACACGACGUCCCCGUUUCCUUUCCCUCCUGAGAGUUUGGACAUUAUUCUGGUGGUCUUUGUGCUCUCUGCCAUCCACCCAGCACGAGCUCAGGCUGUGGUGAGGGGUUUAGCAGGACUCCUGAAGCAGGGAGGAAUGGUGCUGUUCAGAGACUACGGCAGAUACGAUCUGUCACAGCUCAGAUUUAAAAAAGGUCAGUGUUUGUCUGAAAACUUCUAUUCUCGACAGGACGGAACCUGUGUGUAUUUCUUCACUAAAGAUGAGGUUCAUGGUCUGUUUUCUGCAGCCGGAUUGGAGGAGCUUCAGAAUCUGGAGGACAGGAGGCUGCAGGUGAACAGAGGGAAGAAGAUGCUGAUGCACAGAGUGUGGAUGCAGAGCAAAUACCGCAAACCAGGGAAAUGAUGAACAACCAAACUAACUCUUUAUAGACUGAGAAGCAGGGAUGGGCAGUAUUCAUGAUAGUAUUUUGUCAUUUGUAUUUGGGCUUGUAGUUUUAAAAUACUUUCUACAUGGUGACGUCAUACAAAUGUGGCCUCUGAUUGGUGUUUUCUCAGUGAUUUGCCUAGGCUUGAGAUCAGAACUGAAAAUCUAUUAAAAUUGAAGAAGGUGGUCAAUGCUUGGCGAAUGUUCCGACUUAAUAUCUGCAUUAAAUGGUUUAAACAAGAGAUCAUCUUCAAGACAUGACUAGCUGUAUGACAUUUGUACAAAAUGUAUACUAAAAUAAAGAGAAACACAUCUUUUUUAAUGAAUACCUACUCGUGUAUAGUAGAUUUAAAAGAGGUGCAGAGAAACUAAACAUUUGUUUACUUCACUGAGUCAGUUUAAAGAGCAGCUAUGGUGAAAAUCAUCUUUUGUAAGCUGUUUGGACAGAACUGUGUGUAGUAUAGUGUGUCCACUGUCAUAUUGGAGCGAUAGAAACACAAUAAGUGUUUUUAAAAAUUCCCUGACGUUAAAAUAGGAUCCAAAUCCCUCCCAUUUUGAGGCUGACCGCAACGUGACGUACAAGUGUGGUUUCCACGCCCACCGAAUUGAUUGACAGCCGCGUAUUAACAUAUCUCCGUAGUAAUGUGUAUAGUCAUAUCAUUAAGACAGGACGUGCGCAAAGCAACUGGGAUUAAAAGAUCUGUUUAGCGCUCUGUGAUCAUCAGUCAGCAUCAAAUGUGAUCAAGAGUGAGUUUCACAAGUUUAAAAUGUUUUUAAAACAGUGCAUGUGUAAUGAAUUACAGCGAUUUUACUGUCUUACUUUAUCACCACAGCUGCAUGUCCGUAAAAUUACAAAAGAAGACGCUCCAAUCCUGAUUUG